AUGUGGAUUGGUCUUCCGUUCAGCAUGAUCUACCUUGCUUAUAUAACUACUGAUACAUUCGAUGCCGAAGUGGAACAUCUAUCGCUUCAGAUCGACCCUUCUCGACAGAAGAUCGUCCAGUGCCUAGUGCUAGGCGAGUACACUAGAGCAGGACCGUACGUCUUGCAGACAGUCAUUAACUACGUCUAUGUCGAGUUUUGUCUUCGAACCGACGUGGAUCAAGAUACCUGGUAUCUGCUGGCCUUGGAGGUAAACCUGGCCAUGCGGAUGGGCUACCAUCGCGAUCCCAGUCAUUUCCCAGUGCUAAUGGGUGAUAUACUUGUGUCAAACCAAAUGGGUAUGCCACACAUGAUCUCCGACUGGAAAUGUGACACAAUGGAACCGCGAAAUUUGAAUGACACGGACUUUGACGAACAGUCCACCGAUCUUCCUCCGUCACGUCCCUUGACCAAAUACACGAAUUCCAUAGGACUUAUCGCACGACGACGUAUCCUUGCAGCACUGGGGAUAGUGGCCGAUCUCACAGAUGCAGUUAAACCAUGUAGUUAUGCAGAGGUGAUGCGCGUCGACGGCGUACUCCAAGAUGCGGCAGCCAGUAUUCCUCCCCUCUUGCAGAUGAAGUCCAUGGCCACUAGUGUGACAGAUUCUCUGCAGGUCAUCAUUUCGCGUUUGUUCUUGGGUCAUAUGAUCUACAAGGGGCAGAUUGUGCUUCACCGCCGGUUUCUAUAUACAAGUCCGGACGAUGCGGAUUAUGAUUCGAUGAGCUACUCGCGGAAAGCCUGCUUGGCCGCUUCGCUGGGUGGUCAGCUCUAUACCAUGAGAUUUCGAGUGGCUUCCAUUAUGAACCACCAGUUCCUCACUGCUACUAUGGUACUAUGUUCAAUUCUUCAUCGUGGGAAGACGAUACAGCGGGAACAAGAUAUACGGGCGGCCCUUCAUCUUUCUAGGUUCAUUUGGAUGCGAAAGAGUUCCACUUCCAAAGAGACAAAGAAAGCGGCCGAGACUGUUAGUUUUGUGCUCGCUACGGCCGGCGACGGUCGUAAACCUGACCUCGCUUUUAACCAAGAUAUUUCCCACGGUGUACAAGACAAUGAUCAAACGAACGCUUUCCAGGGAAGUUGUGCCAAAGGCACAGGCCAAAAUUCAGACGAGGAACUACUAUUUCCAGACAACAUGAGUUUAUUUGAGCCCGACCAUUUUGUUAUGACUAGCUCCCUUGGGAUGUUCACGUCGCCCGCCCAGCAAAAUCAACACUUUGGGGUUAAUUCCAACGGAAUAGAGAGCCCAUUUGAGGAGUGGAUGGUGAUGAAUCUGCCUCAGCCGUGA